AUGUUGCAGGAGCAGAACGAUACAACAGAGGACAAUACUUUUAGUUCCUUUUCUAAAUCGGAUUUAGCCUAUUUUAGGGUUCAAUUGAAUAAUCAUGACUACUACAUGUCGAAACCCACCUCAUUGGACCGAUCUCAUGGUGAAAGCUUACCUUUAAACCAGUUUUCCAAAGUACCAACUAUAAGGGUAUUUGGCGCUUUACCCACAGGCCACCAAGUACUGUGUCAUGUCCAUGGUAUUUUACCAUACAUAUUCAUCAAGUAUGAUGGGCAGGUAUCUGACACAAGUACGUUGAAACACCAACGAUGUGCUCAAAUACACAGGAUACUGGAAGAAAAGAUCAAAGAGUCCUAUAAAGGGGAAAAGGAUAAUAGACAGGAUACACACAGCGAAGGACUUGGAAAUCUUAAUUUUGUUGCUGAUGUGUCUAUCGUAAAGGGUAUACCGUUUUAUGGUUACCAUGUUGGAUGGAUGCUAUUUUAUAAAAUAUCUCUACUCAAUCCAUCCUGUUUAAAUAGGAUUUCCGAACUGGUUAGAGGCGGUAAAGUUUUUGAUAAGAGGUUUGAAAUCUAUGAGUCACAUAUUCCUUACUUACUGCAAUGGACAGCCGAUUUCAAUUUAUUUGGAUGCUCCUGGAUAAACAUCGAGAAGUGCUAUUUUCGUUUUCCUGUUUUAAACAGUAUGUUGGACAUAGAUAAGAUGACACUUAAUGAUGAACUCCAGUUAUUGUUAGAUCGAUACUGUGACUUACACCAUAACGUACUAAGUAGGAAGGAUUUUCCACGGAUUGGUAAUGGAUUGAUUGAAAUAGAUAUAUUGCCACAGUUCAUCAAGAAUACGGACAAAUUACAACAUAGGCAAUUACAUCACGACUUUUUAGAGAAGUUGAGGGACACUUCUGAAGUACUUGUAAAACCAUAUGUAUCUUCCACUAAAGAUAUGGUAAAUGAACUUGCGAGACAAAGAAAAGCUUUGUCAUUACAGGAAUAUAAAGUGCCUCCAGAAAUGAACCGUCUCACAAUUAAUCACAAAUGGCAGUCUUCUGAAGAGUUUGAAGCGUUUUAUAGAAAAAAGCAACAUAUGACAAGUACUUUUGAUGGUCAAGUACCAAAUUUUGAGAAUUUCAUAGAUAAAAAUCAAAGAUUCUCCGAUAUAAAAACGCCAUACGAAGCAUUAUCGCAACUAUGGCCAAGGCUGCCACAAACUGGAGUUGACAAUGCUAAUGUGCCGAACAAAAAGAUGGACGAGAAAUUUGAACCUUCAAUCACAGAGUACGAGAUGUGGAGUAUUGAAAAUGACGAAGAGGGUUUACAAGAAAUAAAUAAUAAGCUCGAGCUUCAUCCAUGUUUACCAGAGAGUCCCGAAUAUUCAAGACACACAUCUACAUCCUCAGACCAACAAACGAGACCUCAGAAUACGAUUGAAUUAUCUAUGGACUGCGCUUUAACACAAAAUAUGGCAAGGAAACGAAAGUUUAAAGCAUUUGCUUCCACCAAAAAGAUAUCUCUAUUGCCCAGCAAAAAACAGAAGGUUGGUGCUGUAGAUAUAUGCUAUGGGAAGGAAGCUUUCAUUUAUAAAGAGCCUCCCUUUGGUUACCGAGAUAUCCUUGAUAACUUGGAAGCUGAGGGAUUUCCAAAAAUGGAGUAUAUAGACCCUUUCUUUUCAAACCCAGUUGACCUAGAGAAUAGACGAUAUGAGUAUGCAGGCAAAAGGUUUGAGGUAAAUUCAACACACUUAUCCGCAAGAAUACCAAUCCAAUUUGGGGGAGAGCUCGUAUCUGUUUAUAAUAAGCCACCUUUUGAUAUGUUUUCCUCCUGGAAAUAUGUGAUGAAGCCACCUAGAUAUGAUACUGUACUAAAAUGGCACAACGAAAAAGCGUUUAUGGAAAAAAAUUAUACUCAGUCUCAGGUAGAUAUGAACACACCUCGCAGUAAGUUCUUAUACAAAUUUGCUAGUGAUACAUCGGUAAAUCCGAAAAGAAAAGGAAGACUUGUCCACGACUCUCUAACUCAUUUGACACUUGAGAUCCAUGUAAACACCAGAGAAAAUAAAAAUCCAGAUCCUGCAAUAGAUGAAGUUUCCAUGAUUACAUGGUGUCUCGAAGAAGAAACAUUUCCUCUGGAUUUAGAUAUCGCUUAUGAAGGAAUUAUGAUUGUUCACAGAGACUUCGAGGAUAGUACUUUUCCGAUCAGAAUCCAGCGAUGUGUUAAGGACAUCCCGGUUAUGUUCUAUGAAAGCGAGUUCGAUAUGUUUGAGGCACUAACUGAUUUAGUACUACUUUUAGAUCCUGAUAUUCUUUCCAGUUUUGAAAUACACAAUUCUUCUUGGGGUUAUAUAAUCGACAGGUGUGAAAAAAUCCAUCGAUUCGAUAUUAUCAAAGAACUUUCCCGAGUUAAAUACCUAUUCAGUAACAAAUCGUUGGAUACUUGGGGAUAUACGCAUUCUUCAGGAAUUCAGAUUACAGGACGACAUAUGGUUAAUAUAUGGAGGGCAUUAAGGUCUGACGUGAACUUAACGCAAUAUACUGUAGAAAGUGCUGCAUUCAAUCUUCUGCAUAAACGACUACCCCACUUUUCAUAUAAAUCCCUAACCAACAUGUGGAAUGCUAAAAGCAACUCAACCAAUUUAAAGACUGUAAUAUAUUAUUGGUUAUCAAGAGCUCAAGUAAAUAUUCAACUACUAAGAAAGCAAGAUUACAUAGCUCGAAAUAUUGAACAAGCAAGAUUGAUUGGCAUUGAUUUUCAUUCUGUAUAUUACAGAGGGUCUCAGUUUAAAGUAGAGUCGUUUUUAAUCCGAAUAUGCAAGUCCGAAAGUUACAUUCUUCUCUCUCCAGGUAAGAAAGAUGUUCGCAAGCAAAAAGCACUGGAAUGUGUUCCUUUAGUCAUGGAGCCAGAAUCUGCCUUCUACAAAAGUCCUUUAGUUGUUCUAGAUUUCCAGUCAUUAUACCCGUCAAUUAUGAUUGGAUAUAACUAUUGCUAUUCGACUAUGAUAGGAAGAGUGAGGGAAAUAAGCUUAAGGGAAAAUAAGAUCGGAGUGGCUAAGUUCUCACUACCAAGAAACAUAUUGACCUUGCUUAAAAAUGAUGUGACUAUUGCACCAAAUGGCGUCAUUUAUGCCAAAACCUCGGUUAGAAAAUCAACCUUAUCAAAAAUGUUAACAGAUAUUCUUGAUGUUAGAGUAAUGUUAAAGAAAACGAUAGACGAAUUAGGUGAUGAUAACGCUACCUUAAAAAGGCUUUUAAAUAACAAACAACUGGCACUUAAAUUAUUAGCGAACGUCACUUAUGGUUACACAUCGGCCUCAUUUUCCGGGCGAAUGCCAUGUUCUGAUUUAGCUGAUAGCAUUGUACAAACAGGUAGAGAAACUUUGGAGAAAGCAAUAGAUAUCAUUGAGAAAAAUGAUACCUGGAAUGCUAAAGUUGUCUAUGGUGAUACAGAUAGUUUAUUUGUGUACUUGCCGGGAAAAACUGCUGAUGAAGCUUUUGCUAUUGGCCAUGCUAUGGCAGAAAGAGUAACUCAAAGUAACCCAAAACCGAUUUUCCUGAAGUUCGAGAAAGUAUACCAUCCUUCCAUACUAGUUAGCAAAAAAAGGUACGUAGGAUUUUCCUACGAAAGUCUCUCCCAAACUAUUCCCUUUUUCGAUGCCAAGGGUAUUGAAACUGUUAGAAGAGACGGUAUUCCAGCGCAGCAGAAGAUUGUUGAAAAAUGUAUCCGAUUACUUUUCCGGACUAAAGACCUUUCACAGAUCAAGAAGUACCUUCAAUCAGAAUUUUCUAAAAUACAAAGGGGCAAGGUAUCUGUCCAAGAUUUUUGCUUCGCAAAAGAAGUUAAGUUAGGAGCGUAUAAAAGCGAUAAAACAGCACCUGCAGGAGCAGUGGUUGCAAAAAGGAAGAUAAACGAGGACCAUAGGGCAGAACCUCAAUACAAGGAGCGUGUACCAUACCUCGUUGUUAAGGGUAAGCAGGGCCAACUUCUUAGGGAAAGAUGUUUAUCACCGGAAGAAUUUUUAGGAAAAGAGGACCUAGAGCUAGACUCAGAAUAUUACAUAAACAAGACUCUGAUACCUCCUCUUGAUAGAUUGUUCAAUUUAAUUGGUAUAAAUGUUGGUACCUGGGCCCAGGAAGUAGUAAAAUCCAAGAGGACCAACACAACUGGUAAAAAAGGAGAAAACUUAGUGAGAAUAGGUACUUCUUUAACAUGUUGCAAUUGUGGAGAGGAACUAACUAAACCAAAUACGAUACAACUUUGUAGUGACUGUUUAAAGGAAAAUAGGACCACAUCGUCAUCGUUUCUAAUCGAGAAAAUAAAGAAACAAAAAAAUUAUGAAACGUUGAAGACUGUAUGCAGGACAUGCAGUUAUCGUUACACCUCUGAUGCAGGCAUUGAAAGUGACCAUAUAGCUAGCGAAUGCAAUUCCUAUGACUGCCCGGUGUUUUAUUCUCGUGUAAAGUCAGAAAAAUAUUUGAAAAGUAAUCUAUCUGUUCGGAGAGAAGAGGCGUUAAUAUCUCUAAAUGAUUGGUAA